CGUUCAAUACGUUUUUGUGCAAAUGAAAUCAAUCUUGUUGUUUUUUCCAGCAUUAAUUUAAGAGAAUUCCAAUUUGCUCAGACCAUGAUCUUUGCCAUCGAGGAAAUAAAUCAAAAUCCUGCUAUUCUUCCUAACCACACAAUGGGCUACAAAAUAUACAAUUCAUGUGGAAUGUCAAACAUUAUAAGGUCGGCUCUGGAUUUAGUCAAUGGGCAGGAGGAGAUCAUUGAUGAGAGGAACUGUACAAACGCUGACAAUGCACAGGCUGUGAUUGGUCACUCUGCCUCUGCGCCCACAGUAGGAUUUGCCCGCAUUUUGGGCAGGUUCCAGAUACCAGUGCUCAGCCACUUUGCAACCUGUGCAUGUCUCAGCAACAGAGAAGUGUUUCCAUCCUUCUUCCGAACCAUUCCAAGCGACCUCUACCAGAGCAGAGCGCUGGCAAAGCUGGUGAAGCAUUUCCGCUGGACCUGGGUGGGGGCGAUUAGUAACAAAAACGAAUAUGGCAUCAAUGGGAUCGCCGCAUUUAUGAAAGCUGCACAAGAAGAAGGGGUGUGCAUUGAGUAUUAUCGGGCAUUUGAGCAAACGGGUCCUCUUCACGAGUUGGCAAAAGUAGUUGAAUCUGUGAAGUACUCCACCUCUAAGGUCAUCGUGGCGUUCAUGUCCCACAGAGAGGUUGAUGUGCUGGUGACUGAGCUGUUCAAACAGAACAUUACAGGUCUGCAGUGGGUCGGCAGUGACGCGUGGAUCACAGAGGACGCUCUGACCAGCAGCGAGGGAAACAGCCUCUUGGUCGGCUCACUGGGCUUCACUGUCAGCAAAGCUCAGAUCCCGGGCCUGGAGGAGCACAUGAGGCGGCUGCGGCCGUCGCAGUUCCCCGACAGUCAGUUUGUCAGAGAUCUCUGGGAAGACACGUUCGAUUGCGUUCUGAACGACACUGCGAACACACAGAGGAAACCGUGCGACGGCUUUGGGAGCGUGCAGACAGUUGAAUCAUAUUUUACGACUGUCUCAGAGCUGAGAUUUACUAAUAAUGUGUACAAGUCAGUUUACGCAGUUUCCCAUGCCCUCCACAAUCUGGUCACAUGUGAAGAGGGGAGGGGCCCCUUCUCAAACGGGAGCUGUGCCGAUGCUGGACACAUCCAACCGUGGCAGGUGCUGCAUUAUUUACAGAAUAUCAACUUCACAACAAAUCAGGGGGAGAGAGUGACCUUUGACCAGAAUGGAGAUUCACCUGCAAGAUAUGAACUUGUGAAUAUACAGCUUGUGACCUCAAGGACCCUGCAUGUCGCCACAGUUGGGAUCUUUGACUCCAAUCUGCCCCGUGAGCGCCAAUUUACACUAAAUGACAUGAAGAUAGUUUGGGGAGGAGGAAGUCAUACGGUGCCUGUGUCCGUUUGCAGUGAGAGCUGUCCUCCGGGAAAACACAAAGCCCUUCAGAAAAGAAAACAUAUUUGCUGUUAUGACUGUGUACCGUGUGCAGAAGGAGAAAUCAGUAAUAUUACAGACUCCAUGGAUUGCUUCAAAUGUCCCAUUGACUAUUGGCCGAAUGCCAGAAGAGACGUGUGCAUCUUGAAGGAAAUAGAAUUCUUGUCUUAUGCAGAGCUCAUGGGGAUCGUGUUAACAUGUAUUUGUUUGAUAGGGGCGAUGGUGACAACUGCGAUAGCAUCCGUUUUCUUUCACUUCCGAGAAACUCCUAUCGUCAGAGCCAACAACUCCGAGCUGAGCUUCCUGCUGCUCUUUUCCUUGACUCUGUGUUUCCUGUGCUCUCUGACCUUCAUAGGACGGCCCACACAGUGGUCCUGCAUGCUGCGACACACAGCAUUUGGCAUCACUUUUGUCCUCUGUAUCUCUUGUGUUCUGGGGAAAACUCUAGUGGUGCUAAUGGCCUUCAGGGCCACACUGCCAGCUAGUAAUGUGAUGAAAUGGUUUGGGCCUGCACAGCAGAGACUCAGUGUUCUGUGUUUAACUUUCAUUCAGGUUGUAAUUUGUAUUCUUUGGCUGACGAUCAACCCUCCUUUCCCCUACAAAAACAUGAACUACUAUAAAGAAAAGAUUAUUCUUGAGUGUGCAUUGGGAUCCCCGGUGGGGUUCUGGGCUGUAUUAGGAUACAUUGGGUUUUUAGCCAUGUUGUGUUUUGUUCUUGCUUUUUUGGCAAGAAAGUUACCUGAUAAUUUCAAUGAAGCUAAAUUCAUCACCUUCAGCAUGUUGAUAUUCUGGGCAGUCUGGAUUGCAUUCAUCCCAGCGUAUGUCAGCUCUCCGGGGAAGUUCACAGUGGCUGUGGAGAUAUUUGCCAUUAUUAGCUCCAGUUAUGGACUACUUAUAUGUAUUUUCAUUCCCAAAUGCUAUGUUAUUUUACUUAGACCAGAACAAAACACAAAAAGUCACAUAAUGGUCAGAACAAAAGAUAUUCAAUAUUAGAUUUAUAUUGUUGGGAUUUCUGACUUAUUAUUAUUAUUAUCAUUUCAUUCCAGCAGUGAUAUUGAUAUUACAUGUAACAUGAAAAUACACUGAAACUAUAACAGUUGCCUUCCUCAAAAUAUAAUUUCAAUACCCUAUUAGAACAAUAUGCACAAUAUUCAAGUAGGACAAAAUAUUAUGAAUGAAAGAUGUCGCCAUAACAUUUAUGUGAUUCAUCAAUUUACAAAUGUUCUUCAAAGUUGUAAACACUUUAUGAUUCAAAUUGUAUUUCCUGUACAAAUUUGAAAAGACACCACAUAUGACCUGAUCCACACAAAGCUGCUGAGGUUGGCUUGAGGUCAUUUUCAUCAUUUUUUAAUGUGUUCAGGGAUGUGAACUAUUGGUGGACCAACAUAUUGACACGUUAUUUAUUAGUUAUUGUGGAAAUGCUAGUUAUAGUUUAGUUUCAGCUUUUUGUAGAAAGUUUGUUUUGGUAUUUGCAUAUUUAGUUGUAGUUUAGUAGUCCAUUUUUUUCACGUGGUGGGACAAAAUACAAAGGACAUUUAGAGCAUACAAACAUCAAUUCUAUAGUAUAAUGGAAAGUCUUAUGCCUUCUGUUUUAUCAUGGGCGUUAUAACAUUGUAGAUUGAACGACAUACAAAUAUCAAUUGAUGUGGUGAUGUGAUCUUUGGUUCCUUUCUCUGGCGGGUGAAGUUUGAUAGAAUGUAAAAGCCAAUACUUUUCUCAUCAAUCACAAGCAUUUCAGUAACUUAAAAUGUAUGAAGAUGAACUGUUCUUCCUGAGUACUUUGUUCACGUCCUCCAU